UGGGAGGCUGUGAGACCUGCAGCAGGCUGUGCGGUGUGAGAUGUAUAAGCUGGACUUACCGGUGGACUCCCGCGCGCUGCAGGCCGUGGAGCGGCGGCGAGCUGCUGAGUCCGCGCGCCACAAGCGCAUCUUCAGCACGAGGGAGAGAGUACUCGGCGUGGACGCGCGCGCGCUCGAGCGGCAGGUGGCGGAGCGGCGGGGUCAGGAGGAGGCGGAGAAGCAGCGGGACAGAGCGCACGAUAUGCUGCGUGUUUCCAUUGACCGAAUGGCGCUGGAGCAGCAGAGAGAGGAGGAGCACAGGAGGAGAGAGCUGGCCCAGGAGCUCGUGCGCUAUCGGGCGCUGCACCAGCGUGCUGAGGACUCUCGGGAUGCAGAUAUCAAUUAUAAACGCCAGAGGGUGCCAGAAGACAAUUUAUCCACUGCACAGUCAUGUGGACCUGCCAGUAUGCAGGUUUUCCAGGGUGAAGGAGUUGGGGAGGAUGAACGGAAGAGGGCUGAGAUGGAGCUGAAUGAGAGAUCGCUCCGAGCUCAAAGAGAAGAACGGGAGAGGCAAGAAAACGAACAGAAACAAAAAGAGCUGUUGAGAGUAAAGGAGCUGCUGCAGCAGGACCUGAGAGCAAUCCAGCUGGAUGCACUGGAGGAGGAGUGCAAACGAGCCACAUGCAUCGCCCUCAAAAGCUACAACCAGGCUCAGGCAGAUGAGAGGCAGGAGAGAGAGAGGCAGGAGAAGCUGAGGCGGGAGGGCGAGGAGAUGGCGGAGGUGUGGCACAUGGUGACCUCUGACCUGUUGACCGAAUGUCCAGAGGCUGCUAAAAGAAAGAGUGAGGGGUCAGCAGUGGCCCCUCGAGUGCUGCCGGACCACUGGAAGGGGAUGAGCCCUGAGCAGCUCAGCGCCAUCUACAGACAGAGAGAGGAACAGCGUGCUGACAGAGAGAAACAGAGGCAGCUGGAGAGGCAGAGGGAGGUGGCGUGGGAUUUACAGCAGCUGGAGCAGGCCAGGCAGCAGGUGGAGGAAGAGGGAAGAAUGAGAGAGUUGGAGAAAGAGAGGAGACUACAGCUGGACAAGUACAACCAGCAGCUGGCCCAAGAGCAGCGGAUACACCAGCAGUACCUCAACAACCAGCUUUACACAAACCGGCCCUCCACCCGCUACUUCACCCAGUUUGGCACGAGUUCUCGCUAGAAGCCUACAACAUCUCUGAUAAGUUGGUCACCUCUAGCCUGGACGCUAAUAAAGGAAACUCACACUUGCAUCCUGCCUCCAAGCCUCCAUGGUUACAGAUAUAUGUAAAUAUUUCUGUCCUGAUUGCCUGCCUUGUAUGUUCAUUCUCAUUCUAAACUCAAUGAUUUUAAAAUUAAUCAGUGCUGAAAUAUAU